AAACAUAAAAUAAAAUAAAUUUCAAUUUCAAUCGACAUCCACGCCCCUGGCCAAAUUAAAAACAAAAGCUCAUAAUCAUCAUCAUCAGGUCCAGCAAAUCCUCGUCUCUUCUCUCUCACGUCACAUUCUCUGCAAAUUCAAUCCCCAAAUCUCACAUCAAAGGGGAAGCUGUAUAUGCAGGACUUUUGAAGUUUGAGUAUGUUUUUGGUGAGGAAUUGAUUGGGAGUUGAGAAGAUGUAUCGGCCUGUGGCUGCCACCACUACCCGGGGUGGAUUACCGACUGAUAGUGGGGGGGAUUCUGUGGUGACUCUGGACCAAGUUCCGCGUUGGAUUGAUUCCGAGUUCAGGUUUUCGUACGAGAAUGAAGAUCCCGCCUUUCCCAAUUCCUACUUUCCGGACCACCCUUUAACUUCUCCAGCAGGGGCAGAGAGUAGUGGAAAUGGAAUGGUGUCCAGGUUUCCCAUGGAUCACGAAAUCAACUCGAAGAUUUAUCUGUGGAGGGGCAACCCUUGGAAUCUUGAGGUGGAUGCUGUUGUUAACUCCACAAAUGAGAACUUGGAUGAAGCACACAGCAGCCCUGGUUUGCAUGCUGCAGCUGGACCUGAUCUUGCAGAUGAAUGUGCAACAUUGGGUGGCUGUCGAACGGGGAUGGCAAAAGUUACCAAUGCAUAUGGCCUUCCUGCUAGGAGGGUUAUGCAUACUGUGGGUCCCAAGUAUGCUGUAAAGUAUCAUACCGCUGCAGAGAAUGCUUUGAGUCACUGCUAUCGGUCUUGCCUUGAACUUCUCAUCGAGAAUAGGCUUCAAAGCAUUGCUAUGGGCUGCAUAUACACAGAAGCAAAAAAUUAUCCUCGUGAACCUGCUGCUCACGUGGCAAUAAGAACCGUGCGACGGUUUCUUGAGAGACACAGAGAUGAAAUAGUGGCUGUUGUUUUCUGUACUACGACGUCAGUUGAUACUGAGAUAUAUAAACGAUUGCUUCCGCUUUAUUUUCCUCGGGAUAAACAUGAAGAGGAAGUGGCCAUGGCAAAGCUUCCUGCAGAUGUUGGGGAUGAAAACGGCGAGACAGUUAUAGAUGAACGUAAAAUCAGAAUAAAGCCUUUGCUCAAUGUGAAAAAAAGUGUUUCGAAACCUCUUCAAGCAUCAAUGGAUCUUCCUGCCAGUGAUGUUGGGUUGAUGAAACGGAACUCAUCAUAUUUGGAUUCAUAUUUAGAUCCUGCUUUCAUGUCCCUGAUUAAGGAUCCAGAUGAACGACGGAAGGAACAAUGGGAAAAAACUGCUCAAGCACAGAGUGGAUGGAAUUGUGCUAAAAUGCUCGGAUUUGGUGACCUUGGUGGGCCUCCAAUGUCAGCUGCUGAAGAAUACUCUAUUCAUUCUCGACAUCUUGCUAAAGCAAAUUCUGUUAACCUUUCUGAAAUUGCGGAAAUGAAAAUUGUUUACCGCGGGGGGAUUGAUAGUGAGGGUCGUCCAGUGAUGGUUGUUGUGGGAGCACAUUUUUUGCUGCGAUGUCUUGAUCUGGAGCGAUUUGUGCUUCACGUAGUAAAGGAGUUUGAGCCCUUGAUACAGAAGCCUUAUUCCAUUGUUUACUUCCACUCUGCAGCAUCUUUACAGAUGCAACCAGACCUUGGAUGGAUGAGGAAGUUACAACAAAUACUUGGUCGCAAACACCAGCGUAACCUUCAUGCAAUUUAUGUUCUUCACCCGACAUUUGGACUAAAAGCUGCAAUUUUUGCUCUGCAACUGUUUGUAGAUAGUGUGGUAUGGAAGAAAGUGGUAUAUGUUGAUCGCCUUUUGCAGCUAUUCAGAUAUGUUCCUCGUGAGCAGCUGACCAUCCCCGACUUUGUGUUUCAGCAUGAUUUGGAAGUGAAUGGAGGGAAGGGCCUAAUUGUGGAUCCUAGAACAAAAUAUGUAUAUCCUCGAACAUAGUUUUAUUGCGAUUCAAAAUUGGAGCAAGUGUUUGAGCUGGUCUUCAUGAUUGCGUUUUCUUCAUUUCUAUGCAUUUUUUUUGUCAUUUCUUCCCAUUUUAUUGUCUAAAGGUAUCGGGGUUAUAUGUGUUUUUAUUUAUAAACAAGUCAGCUUUCAUUUUAUUUAAUUUUCUCAAAAUUUAGAAUUUUUUUAUUUUUGAAAAUAUUUCCGGAUGAAUGUUCUGUAUAAUGUUUGCAGAUGGAAAUAAAGCAGCAGCUUCUUUUUUCCUCUCCUGAAA